AUGAAAUUAAAGUUCUUAGGAAGAAAAAAGAAUAUUGAUGAUGAUGAAAAAGUAAAGACAAAGAUUGAUGAAAUACUAUUUAGAAGAGUAUGGAAUAACAUAGUGUUAAAAAGAAUGAUAUGUUCAAAGAUUAAAGAUUAUCUAUCAAAAGAGGAUCGUGCUCUUCUUACCAAACCUGGAGCUGCAAGUGACAUAGAAAGGUACCAGGCUGAUCCAUUUCAAUUCAUUCAGAGCUCUCUCUUCAAGGACAGGCGUGAAUAUGCUCUCUUUGGUUGUGAGUUUCUCACAGUCGAUCUCUUUAAAUCGUAUUUUAAUACCCAUUGUAAGGAAAUACGUAUUUCAACAGCUUUAGAAGUUUUGUCACUCAACAGACGAAACUAUAGAGACAUAUGGCUGUUUCGUAGUGUAUUUGAUUACUUGAAAGAAAGAGGUAUGGAGCCUGAAUCAAUGGCAACUAUCCAUAUGUGGCGAAAUGUAAUCGAAUCAAAUAAUGUAGAUUUGUACAACUAUGUAAAAUCGGUGUUUCCAAUGCCCGAGUUCUUAAGAAUAAAAUGCUCUGUGGUUCCAUUAGCAGCCAAAUCUCCAACGAGGGUAAAUACUUGGAGUUACACUAUCCACCCUCAUCCUGGAACUGAAUUGUUGGCUCAAUUACUCGACGAUCUCAUCGACUUGAACCCAACAGAGAAUUGGUUAGAGUGUGUAGAUUUCUCAUAUUUGGCAGAGAAUGGAUCGGUAAAUAUUCUAGAGACGAUCGUGGCUCAUGCAGGUCCAUUCAUUCCAUGUAAUUCAAAAGUACCCCCACAUUUCGAUGAAUAUACUAUGAUCGUAGCCAUCCAACACAGAAAAAUCGACUCGAUUAGGCGUCUCUACCUUGUCAACAAGGUUCCAUUCAGUUUUGCAACUCUAAUGGCAGUGGCUCGUACAUGUGACCUCUCAUUCAUCAUUGCACUGCACAAUAUCGAGCCUGAAGCUGGUCGUCUAUACACUAUCUUUCUUCAUGUCAUUAACUUUAGAUUCAACUUAUACUUUCCACCAAAUGAUCUCCGAUGCAAUAACUUUAGAACAGAAUUCAUCAAUCAUGUUAAACCUCUUAAUUUCAUUGAUAAGAUACUGGAGCAACAAAUCAACACCAAUCUUGCUAUUGGCAAGCAUCCAAGAAACAAAAACCAACCAGCAAAUACUCAACAACAUUUUGCAAUAUUUCAACGAUAUGGUGACAACACCAACAUACCAUCAUUAUCAUUUGAUGAUAUAUAA